AUGCCUCGCUUUGCGUUCCCGAUACCGGGCCGCAGCAAGAAGCAAACACAACCCCCGCCCAACGAGCCUAUGAGCAAAGCCCACAGAGUACUUGGAUCGCCACAGCUCAGCCUCGACUCGAACAGCCAGCCAUGGGACGCCAGGUCGAAUUCGGGACUCAGCGUCUCGCUGUCGGAAGCAACGACAGCGCAGACAUACGGUUCAGCACGGGGUCGACCGCGACAACAUAACCGGGAGCGAGAUUGGUCGAACGAGUCCGAUAUACUACCGCACAACGGCCUGGCGGAAGGGUACGAGGAUGCUUACUCGGAUUACACGGGCAAUCUGCGAAACCAGCCCUCUUCGUCCACCAUACGCUCCUGGUACGAUCGAACGAAGCAGCCGCUGGCCGUCUCCCAGCAGACAUCAGCGUCGGCCAUGGCCAAGGGUCUCCCCUCCAAGGCGCAACGAUUAUUGGAUAUGGACAACAACCACGGUAGCUUGGCGACCAAAUCGAAGAAGAAACCCGCCGACCUUGAUCUCUCGCUCGCGGUACCGGGUGGCAGAGGCAAGACACAGCGUUUCCAACCGUCGGGAGGCCCUGCAGGGGCAUACGUAGCACGAUCACCUUCUUUGCUGUCGCCCUUGACACCCGGGGGAACCAAGCCACGACGAAGGAUUCAGAAGAGGCACACCAGCGAAGAUUUACGGCAGGAUCAUGGCAGCCACCGUCAACCAGGGACCAACGAAGGCCACAUGCCUGGCGCCGACCGGCUAGAUGAGCUACCGAGUCUGUACAAGCAUUACGAGCAAAUGUCAUUUGCCCAGAUCAUGGAUGGAAACCAGGAACCAGUAAAGGCUGCCGUCAGACCGAUGCGACAUGCGCUGUCUUCUCCGGACAGACUGGACGACGUGGAUGAGCAGACAGCUUCGGCAGUUUUUCAUCACCAAUUGACGUACUCGCGAGACGAUGUCAGCAGAGCACCGCGCGACAGUCAUGGCACGACCACGAACACCCACUCCACGCAUAGCAGCUUGUCUACGCAGCGCACACACCCGACGCAGCUUGGGUAUCCAUCGCAAUGGAAUCACCCCAUCCAAAUCGUGCACGCACCGACGCCAACCAAGGCCGAGCACUCUCCCAUUGACUGCGGAGAAAGUGUGUCAAGUCGGCACACGAGGACGUCAAAGGCCUCGAGGCGGACAGAAAAGAGCAUGCGGGAUGCCGAUCUGCAAGAGAAAAGUGUGCUGAUGCUCUCCUCCGACUCGGAAGAAGACGAAGAUGAUCUGGACAGUGCGCAGUCGCCAAGAAACCUGGCUUCGUCGUCUUCCGUACAUACGGCGCCCUCCUUGACGGGGAGUGGACAAACGGGAACCGACGACUUGGAGGCUGAUGAUGCGCUCUACCCAGGCGGAUUGCAGCCGGAACCUAUAAGAAAACGCGUGAGUAGAGCACCAGCCGGAUUCCUCACGAUUCCCACCCAGCCCUUGAAUAAGUCGCCUUCACCCCCCAUGUCAACACCAUCGACGGGCAAUCCGAGAAUGAGUUGGGCCGAGCCGCUCAGUCUAGCUACUUCCAACUCCACGGCGUCGCUUUCGACCACGGCCUCGAGUGGCGGCACUGCUAUGGUACAGGAAGCUCGGGCCGUGACUCUGGUGCCAGCACAAGGGCCAGAGCCCGAAUCCGACGAGGAGGCGGCAGAGUCUGACCUGGAGUACGACCGUCCGCAACACGUGAUGCGCGACCCAAUGCUCCCGAGCAAGACAUUCGAGGCACAACCUCUGAGUCCCUCGUCCAUGGAGUUUUACAUACAGUCUCCCACGUCGGGCGACUCCGAUGAGCACUUUAUGGGGUUGACGCGCCAGGAACAGAUGCUCAUCCAGGCACUGCGGCACAGACGGGAAACGAUGCGCCAGCUACAGGAGGCCGGCGGCGCCACGGAGGACAGCUCGCGCGCACACUGGCGGCAAUCAAGCAAAGGGCACCGGUCAAACACAUCCGAGGUCACCAUUACAGAGUCUACAUUGAACUUUGACUUUCCCGCACCACCUAGCCACAAGGACAGUGGGUUGGCCGGCAUCAUGAACAGGAUACAGCAGGAUCCGACGGAAGAUCAGCCCAAGGGCGGGAGCAGAGGGGCUUCAAGCGGCGGGGAUGCUCACUCGAACUCGCGCUCAACAGACGGUACGGGCUUUGCCUUGUCACCGCCGCCGCCAUCUUCUCGGCGCUCUGCAACUUCUCGGCGCUCUGCAACUUCUCGGCGCUCUGCAACAAACCUGGCCAGCAACAUCGCAUCGGGACACGAGGACACCUCCAGUCUAGACGUUGGGACUAUGCUCGAGGCAAGAACCUACAAAUCCGAGGAGUUCCUCAAGGCUCGCGCCUAUACGGGCCAAAACCCGCAGCCUUCACGGGAUAACUUCCGCCGCCAGCGUUUGCCUGCGGAUCGAAGACGCACGGCCAAGGAACAGCUUGAUUCGCCCACCACAUCUGCGGAUCGCCGACCUGCUGUGGCCGAUGAGAAACUCCCUUCGUCGCAGCGUGUCCAACCCGACCAAGGCGCCGAUGUGCCCCGUCCCGAUAGCCCCAUCUCGGCAGAUGCGUUCCCCUCUGUCCCGGGACGGCGCAGGACAUUGAAUAGUCAGAGUGUCCGGCUGAGCGCGUUCGGACCUCCUGCGCCCGCCAACGGCGAGCUGGGCUGGUGGGGAGACGAAGACUGA